AAGCUCAGUGUCUGGAGAAGCUGGAGGAGCAACAUUAUCCUGCACAGAGCCACAGUCAGAGUAAUCAGAGCACCUCCAGGCUUGCAGAUGUGGAUGGAGCACUGUGCAAGUACCAGUCCUGGGUGUCUCACCCAGUGAUUCAGGAGCCGGUGGAAGCAGUGGAAAGCAGGGCCAUGGGGGUGAGCCUGGCUCAGGAUGUUGGCUGGCUCCUGCCUUUCCUGUUCUUGCUGCUGAUGAUCACAGUGUCUCAGACCCAGGGUCAAGGCUGUCCCCAGCGUUGUGAGUGCAUUGCAAAACUCAAGACUGUGUCCUGUUUUGGUAAACGCCUGUCCGCACUGCCAGACGGCAUCCCUCCGGACACCAAGAUCCUGGAUCUAAGUGGGAAUAAACUCCGCUGGGUAGAGCACGGGGACCUGCUUCCAUAUUCACGUCUUGAAAAGCUGGACCUGAGUGAGAACAUGAUCAGCGUCCUGGAACCGAAUGCUUUUUCUAGUCUCCAGAACCUGCAGUCGCUUUCACUGAGGGGCAACCAACUGAAAUUGGUCCCCAUGGGGGCUUUCUCACGUCUCGCCAACCUUACUUCAUUGGACCUCAGUGGGAAUAAGAUUGUAAUUCUUUUGGACUUUACUUUCCAAGACCUGAAGAGUCUGAAAAACCUGGAAGUUGGAGACAAUGAUUUAGUUUAUGUCUCCAACAAGGCUUUUCUGGGUCUAGUGGGGCUGACGGAGCUGACCAUUGAGAGGUGCAACCUGACUUCUGUGUCCAGCCAGUCUCUGUCCUACCUGCAUAACCUGGUGGUUCUGCGGCUCCGCUACCUCAGUAUCUCCGCCUUAGAGGACCAGAACUUCCGUAAGCUGGGAAACCUGCGGGGCCUGGAAAUCGACCACUGGCCCUUCUUGGAGCACAUUGCCCCCCACAGCCUACAGGGUCUUAACUUAUCUUGGCUGUCCAUCACUCACACUAACAUCACCUCCGUGCCCACCUCCGCCCUCCGCAGUCUGGCUCACCUCACCAGCCUGAACCUUUCCCACAACCCCAUCUCUGUGUUGGAGUCCUGGGCGCUGCGGGACCUCGUUAGACUGAAGGAGCUGCAUCUGGUAAACACAAACCUGGUGGCAGUGCAGCCAUAUGCGCUGGGUGGUUUAAGGCAAAUCCGCCUUCUUAACCUGUCCACCAACAGCCUGGUGUCCCUGGAAGAAGGAGCCUUUCAGUCUGUCAACACUCUGGAGACGCUGCGUUUGGACGGGAACCCUCUGGCGUGCGACUGCCGCUUGUUGUGGAUCCUUCAGCGCAGGAAGACCCUCAAUUUUGACAGCGCCUCCCCAGUGUGUAUGACGCCCGUGGAGGUGCAGGGACGAGCUCUUAACGCCUUCUCUGACUCGGCUCUCUUUGAUCACUUCACCUGCCAGAAGCCCAAAAUCCGCAACAGGAAACUGCAGCAGGUGUCGGCCCGCGAGGGGCAGGUCGUGUCGUUCAUUUGCAGAGCAGAAGGCGAGCCGACACCAGUGAUAUUCUGGAUCUCUCCUCAGCGCCGCCGCAUCACCACCAAGAGCAGCGGCCGCCUGACUGUGUUACCAGAGGGCACAUUAGAAAUACGGUACGCUCAGGUAACAGACAGUGGAACCUACAUCUGCAUAGCCAGCAAUGCUGGUGGUAAUGACACCUAUUUUGCCACUCUUACAGUCAGCGGGCUGCCACUAGAUGCAGCCCUGAUGGCCAACCGCACGUACUAUGCUGGGGACCUUAAUGACACGAAUCUGAAUGACACCAGAGUCUUCUUAAAGUUUACUCUGGACCUCAAAACCAUCCUCAUAUCCACAGCUAUGGGCUGUAUCAUGUUCCUGGGGGUGGUUCUCUUCUGUUUCAUUCUGCUGUUCGUGUGGAGUCGAGGGAGAGGACAGCACAAGAACAAUUUCUCAGUGGAGUAUUCCUUCAGAAAGGUGGAUGGACCUGCUGCCAGUGGAGGACAGGGUGGGGCGCGCAAGUUCAACAUGAAAAUGAUUUGAUUAUUUGGCUCCAUUUCACUUGUUGGUAUUCUUUCCCUGAUGCUGUUUACAAGCUAAAGGCACAGGACACUGGAGUGGACCUUUGUGCUUGGAAAACACUAAAUGCAGUUAUUUAUAGGACAUUUUAUUGGGACAAGGUUUUGUUAUUGAAACAACUGUAUAUAUGAGAGAAAGGCGAUCUGCAUGGAUUUGAUAUAUUUGUAUUGCUUUGUUGUGUGUUCACAUUAUUGUUCAGAGGAAACCUGGAUUAUAAAAGUGGAAAGAUGGCUCAAAUUUUUGAAUAGACUGUUAAAGACCAAGCAAAAAACUCACUCAGACUCCCUCCAGUCUUUAACCUCGACAAAUCUCUUGCCAACUCCAUCCUCCUCCUCUACAAGGAACUCUGUCCUGUUCAUCUUUAAAGGACUUCACCUUUCUGCUCCAGUCGAGGCGAUUCGAGCUCUCUAUCUCCAAACUCAUGAAUACAUUAUAACCGGGUGGUGCUCAAUGAAUGCCAAGGACUUGCCAAUAUGUGUUUGAGUAGUUCCAGCUAUAUACUGCAUAUUUAAAGUUAUUUACAGUCAGGACUUAAGAGCACUAUUUGUGACAUAAAUAUAGAGGCUCUGCUUUUUUUUUGCUGAUGGUGGGUUUGUACAGAAUACAUUAGACACAUAGAGACUCUGCAACACUGCCAAUUUGACCAUAAAGCACCAUUUAAUAUCAAUGCAAUGCUGCGGUAGGAGAGAGAAGUUUCUUCUUCUCACAUACCACUAAAUGUUGGUCAAACCUGUUUUAUACAAAAACAGGACUUUACAGGUUAAGCUACAGUUAAAGGACCUAAUGCACAUCUGUGUGGUGACAAAUCAGUACAUGCAGACGCACAUUUGCCCGUUAGGUUUUCCAUUUUUUUGUCAGUACAUACUUUACAAGAAUCUUCCCUUCUGGAUCUGAAAUGACAACGUACAAAGAUUCGAUUUUACGUAAAGUAAUGCACAGCAGUUUGUAUGAAAUCUUAUGAAAUACACCCAUGAAGUUGGAAAAUUCUGUUUUCAGACACAAUCCUCAUUUUCAUUGUGAUUUGUUUGGAACAGAUUGAUUAAUAAAGUUCUGAGAAGAUAUACUCUGUCAAGAAUAAACCACAUCGUCAAAUCAUUUCAUGGAAAGAGGUAAAAAUAUUUUAUUACAACUUUAUGGGCGAUUCAGUAUUAAGAUUCUAGUUUAUGUUAGUUUAUGUUGUGAAACGGUCUCAUGGUGCCAGUUUUAAACAACUGGAAUAGAAUUUGGUAAAGUUAAGAAAUAACUACUUCUGUACGUAAUAUAAGGUGUAGUAAUUACUUAAAAUAACAAUGUUGACAUUUGGUUUCACUCGGGACACAAACACCAAUCUCCUGCGUGAUAGUUUUGUGUUUUUUGAGCCAUCCAUCCACCCCAACUUCCC